AUGCCAGUAACAGGUUUGCCAGCAUUACAACAAGACAUAAUACGCUAUGGUUUGUCCGUUUACUUUGCACUGGGCUUGCUAGGCAAUAUUUUCAAUUGUCUUAUGUUCACACGAUCAUGUUAUCGUCGCAUACCAAGCUCAGUAUAUUUUCUGGCCCUUUCAAGCUUCGGUAUUAUCUACAUCAUUUGGACCAUGUUUCCAUUGAUGUAUACACUUAAUAAUCCUGAUCCUCAAGCAAACUCGGCAAUUUAUUGUAAAACACAAAAAUAUGGUAUUCAUCUUCUUGCUCUCUAUCUUCGCUAUACCAUCGUUUUUGCUUGUAUCGAUCGAUUCCUGAUCACUAGAACAAAUGUUCGCCUUCGCUCACUGAGUUCCGUUAAAACAGCAAUUAUCUCGCUCAUUGUCAUGGUUCUAACAGGUUUCUUCAUAGCAGUUCAUAUAUUGAUCUACACGGAUAUCAACAGUGGUGUUUGUACCAUGACUGGAUUAUAUAAGUUAGUUUAUGCCAUUUAUCAAAUCAUGGUUGUUUCGAUUAUACCACCAUCAUUAAUGAGUAUCUUUAGUGUUCUCACUAUUCGUAGUCUUCAUCAACGGAAUUCUACGACGCAGGUGUCCAGCAGAAGAAAAGAUCAUCAUAUGGUUCGAAUGGUUCUCGUCGAAGUUGCGGUUAAUGUUUCCACUUCUAUUCCGUAUUCAGCUAGUCUUUUCUAUGGUGCAGUCACCUACGCUCUGAAGAAUAAAAGUCUCGAAAGAAUGGAGAUCGAGUCAUUUGUUACGUUCAUCACACAAAUUCUGGUAUAUUCUUUAAGUGUUGUUCCUUUCUAUCUGUUCGUAUUAACAUCGAAGCCAUUUCGCAAGGACUUUAUCAAACUACUUCGACAUUUCUGGAAUAAGUUUGUGAUGCGUCGAACACAAAUUAUUCCAAUUAAUGAUCAAACUUAUUCGACAACCAACGUUGGUACGCUGACACGAUAUAAACAACAGAAAACUACGUCCAAAAACUAA